AUGGACGAAUCGGCGAAGCUCAUCAAGAGCUUGACCGACGGCCUUGAGGCCAUCAACAAAACCAAGAUCAUGAAAGAGCAGGCGGCGAUGGUCCUCUCAAGACAACAGGCCGCGGCGAUGCCCUCCAAACAGCAAGAGCAGGAAUCUCUUUCCGUGAGAGCUGCAGCUUUCCCAAAAUUUGGUCGUCUCCCCGCUGAACUGCGGAGACACAUUUGGAAAAUGGCACUGCCAGGCCGUCGCGUUCUCGAACAGGCGGACGGAGUAGCCGAGUAUCCCGAGCUCUGCAAGAAAUUCAGACCUCCAGUGAUUCGAGCCGUCUGCAAAGAAGCCUGGGAGGUUACCGAACAGAAUGGGCUAUUCGUCUACGGUUCGGAGCUCACUGCGUCUGGAAGAACCUGGUUCAACCCCAAGCAGGACGUGAUCAUUAUCCGUGAUCCCGGAGAGGACUGCCCGCUGGGACCGUUUGAGGAUUGUCGUCCUGAAAUCAUCGCCGUUGACCGCCGAUACUUUGAACAAGACCAAAACUUCAGACGUGUCUUGGAUCUUGUGCUGGAACUUGACAGCUGCCGAAGGCUCAUCAUCCUCUUGCGGACAGCCCCCAAUUUAACAUACCAGAAGGGAGCAGCGCCGAAGCUGUUCAGCCUUCAAGCCGAAGAUGUGAUCUGGUCAUACUACGCAGAUGAAAAGCCAAACGGUCUCUUUGAGGAGGACGAUGUUUCGUGGAAGAAGUUCAAGGAUACGAUCCGAGCUGAUUGGGAUAAUGAGAUACGUGACAGCGGAGGAAUGGAUAAAAUCAUGAAGUAUGGCGGCGUGCCUGUGAUCGAGGGGAUGGAGUUGAUCAUGCGCAAGGAGGACGAGACAUCUCAUGGUUUCUGA